CGGUUUCAAGACGCUUUACAAGGCAGGGAACGAAAGUAUUUACCCCCAGCCGCUCCACACAUGAGAUGUGAAGUAGUCUGUACGAACAUGUCCGCGAGGAGAGUUACAAAGUCAUUGCCAAUGUGGAGACUCGGAAAGGGGAUCUACGGGGAGAAGAUGUCAGGGAGAUUAUUCCUGAGUUCAAGGAGGCUACGAAGGACGGUCGGGAGAUCCGCCACCGGCUGAGCCAGCUUUACCCCCGAGAACACUAUGGCUGAGCCCUGAGGCUGCCCAACACCACACACAAUGUGGGGUUCAUACCAAUGGUUGUGCCAGACAUGCUGAAGGGGGCUGUAUUUGAGGGUUGUGAAAUCCAGCCUCAUGCCCACAGGGCAUGGCUGGCACGGGGGAGAUGGGCGUAGCAGGUUAUUUUAUGGACCAUGCUGUUAACUGGAAGGACCUUCCUGUCAUGCCUGUGUGCAGUAGCCCAUGUUACAGGGCUGAGACGGACACAGGCAGAGAGACUUGGGGCCUUUACAGAGUACAUCACUUCAACAAGGUGGAGAUGUUUGGUGUGACUGCAGAUGAGACUGGGGAGGAGAGCUCUCAGAUGCCGGAGGAGUUCCUGUCCCUGCAGAAGGAGAUCUCCUCCCUGGAGCUCCACUAUAGUGGGAUGCCUGCCUCUAUCCUCCUCUCUACAGGUUGGAAAGGUUGCUGACUGUCUUCAGGACUCCCUGAAUAGUAAUGGCGGUGUGCCACAUCCUGGCUGUGACAAACUGAAAACUGAUGAUGCUGUCCACAGGCACCAGGGUCUCCUGAGGGAGCUGCAGGAGCUGGCCCAGGAGGAGAGGGAAAGAGAGAGAGACUAUGGGAGGGAGAAAAAGCAAAAUGAGGAGAACCAGGCCGAGGGAGAGAGGGACAGAGAGAGGAGGGAGGAGGAGGAGCAGAAUGAUGACCAGAAGGAGACUGAGAAAGAAGAACUGAGAGAGAAAGAGAUGAAGGCAGAAGGGGUAGAGGAGGAGGUGGAGAUGAAGGACAGAACGAAUGAGGAGAUGAGAGAAGAGCCCAGACUGGAGGAGAAAAGGGGGGAUGAGGAAGAGAACGCGAAGGAGCUGGAAGAGCUCUUCUCAAGGGAGCUAAGGAAGAUAGGAGAGGAGGAAAAAGAGGACAGGGAGCUUGAGGAGCUGCUCAAGGAGCUGAAGAAGAAAAGGUACGAGUCGGUGAAGGAGAAAGAGCUCCAGAGAGGGUCAGAAGCAGAGGAGGAGAGGAACAAGGAUGAGGGGGAGGAGCAGAAAAAGGGAGAGAAAGAGCAGCUAGAUAUUCUUGAGAUUGAAGAAAGGAAACGCAGCAAGGAGAGGAACAACAACGAGGUGGAGCUGCUGGUGGAGAAAGAGAAGGUGGAGCGGGAGCUCAAGGAGCUGCUGGAGGAACAGGACAGCAAGAAGAACGUGGAGAAGGAGAAAGAGAGGGAGGAAAAACAGGAAGAACUAGCGGAGCUCCUCAAAAAGAUGAAACGUGUGCAAGAGGAGGAGGAGGAGAGAAAAGAGGAGAAGAGAGAAACUGCCGGGGAUGAGGCGAAAGUGGACAAUGAGCGUGAGAAGGAGGGAGAGAUUCGCAAGGAAUUGGAGAAGUUGAAAGCGGGAGAGAGUGAGGAGGUUAAGGAUCCUCAGCAGAAGAGAGUGAUGGAGAAAGCAAGUGAUGAGUCGACCCGUCAGUUUGAAAAGGAGAGGAACAGGGACGAUGACGAUGAUGAAGAAGCAGAUGAGGCAGAUGAGGUUGAAAACAAUGAGGAUUGGGAAGAGGAAGAGGAGGAUGAGGAUAAAAAGGAGGAUGUUGAGCAGGAUGAAGGAGAAGAGCUUCUGGAGAUUGAGGCAGAGCUGCGAAAAGUGGCUGCAGAGCUUCAGGAGCUUCACAGGGGUCGUUAAGUUCUAAAUUACACACACACACAUGCACACACACACACAACACAAGACAGACAGAUAACGACCCAGUGCAGCACUCUCGCUCAUGCUAUCACACACAGAAACACACACAACUAACAUACUUAGUAACAUAGUAUAAUCAUAAUGCUUUUGAUGGGAUGUAGUUCUGUAAGUAGUUGCAUUUGAGUAAAAACAAACAAGUACAAUUCUCCCCAUCCCUGCAUUCAGAGAUUACAAGCUCUUUAGAUGUGUCUUUCUGUGUGCUGCCAUUAUCAAAGAUUGUUUAGUAGGCAAGAUGUACCACCUGCACAUGUAAAGCUAUCGUUACUCUACAUCUCAUGAUACAAGGUCGUUAAGUGGGAAAGACAUCUCCUUUACGGUAUGUCUCGUGUACAUAUUUUGUGCAAUAAUUAAAAAUCUAUGUGUGAGAUUUGUUAUGGUAAUUGAGACUGUUAAUGUAAGCAAUUAACUUACACUGUUAUUACACUGUUAUUACUGUUAUUACAAUUAACUUACACUGUUAUUAAUAAUAUUGACAUAUUGAUUUCUGUGAUUGAUUUCCAUGUGUAUAUGAACAAAAUGUGAGGAUUGUGCUAUCUGGCUAAUGCACUGUUAAUAUCAGACUGUUAAUUAAGAACUGGGGUGACACUCAGGGACAAUCUCCAUUGCAUACUCCUUGCGUAUUCUCUCCUCACCUCCUUCUCAAAACGGUCAGAGAGGAGAGCGUCUGUCUUUCUCAUCCAAUGGGUUUUGAGAAGGAGAUGAGGACGUGAGGAGUAUGCAAUUGAGAUCUUCCCUCAGAAAGAGACGGCGUGUGACCACGGAAACCUCUUUAGUAUUGAUGUACAGUGUGUCAUAACAUAAUGUUCUAUAAUAAGAAGAGCAUGAUUGUUCCUGAAGUUUAUUUUUUUUUAUUUUUGCAGUUCGGGUCACCAAGGUGGUCAAGAGACAUAGAAAUAGAAUGAAUGGAAAUGUCCGUUCUAGUAAUUAUAUUUCUAUGGCCAGGGUGGCACCCCAGCUCUUCUCCCAACUUUGCACUCCUAUCUUAACCAGCCAAGGAAGUCUAGCAAGGGGAGUGACAUCACUAAGACAUCUCUGGUAUGUGGUCCUAAUAAACAAUGACAGUUCUAAAACUUUUUUUUAAGUUGGCAAGAUAUUGAUGUUCACCGUCAUCCUUUUUCAUAGUUUGGGAUCUCCACUGUUACGCAGCCAUGUUUGAAUAAGAAAUAUUAGGAAACAGUGCCCCCACAUGUUAAAUCAAUAUAAGUUGCAUGGUUAAUGACAUGUGGAGGAAUAACAAUAACUGCAAUACAAGAAGAAGAAGAGGAAUAUUAAGACAACUUAUUCAAACCAAUAAAGUUAUAAAAAUGUACAUAUUAAAGCAAAAUAUAUGAUGAUGAUUCUCUGUAAAUGUACUUUAUUAUGUAAUUAAAAUGCAUCAUGAAUUGACUUUUAAAUGUAAACACUCCUUUUCUAUCGACCAUUGAUUUACAAUUCUAAACUGGGUGGUUCGAGCCCUGAAUGCUGAUUGGCUGACAGCCGUAGUAUAUCAGACCAUAUACCACAGGUAUGACAAAAAGUUUAUUUUUACUGCUCAAAUUACGUUGGUAACCAGUUUAUAAUAGCAAUAAGGCACCUUGGGGGGUUGUGGUGUAUGGUCAAUAUACUACGGGCUGUAUCCAGGCACUUCGGGUUGCGUCGUGCAUAAGAACAGCCCUUAGCCGUUGUAUAAUGGCCAUAUACCACACACCCUCGGGCCUUAUUGCUUAAUUAUGUAACACUGGUAACUGUUGGGACGCAUAUAAAAAUUAAUAUAUAAAACAUCAACACCAUGUAAGGAAUCAAACAGGCUACUCACUACAUGUUGUGAGAUUUACUCAAGAAUGUAUACCAUUUCAACAUUUAGAAAUAUAUUUACCAAAUGUAUUUCAUCAGAAAAGGGUUGUGGUUUGUAAGUGGGAUGUAAAGGACCAAUUACUGGAGGUCAACAUUUGUAAUUGUACUGGCCCAAUCAGAGUCCUGCAUCUGUGCCUGCUGUGUCUUAAAUGCUAAAUGUCAAUCAAUAAAAUCACAGUGUAUGAUAUUUUUCAAUCAUUGUUACUUCUAUAA